AUGCCCGUUCAAACCAGUCCACCGUCACUCCCGGACUCGUUCCCUACCUUCAUGUCGGUAUUUGGUGGAGGGUUGUCCGAUUAUUCCGCCAAGGAGGAGCAAAACGCAACCCUCAAGCCUCUCCGACUGCCCACCCAUGUUACCAUCAACACCUCGAGACGUCCGCUUCCCUUCCAGCACCGCGAGAGUAUCUCGUCCAUGACAUCGGCCUCUACCGAUUCCUCUCCAACCACCACCAUCUCCACAUUCGACUCGCCCUCCGGCCUCGAUACGUCCCCCAGCUCUUCUCCGGAAUCCCCGUCGUCGAUGCCGCUGUCCUAUCCUAAAUUUACGCCACCCGUGCGCAACGUCGAGAGCCAGACGCUCUCGGUGCCUCAGAACGCCCUCCCGAAACUGCCGUCGGACAAUUCGAACCCGGCGCGCCCGGAUUCGCCCGAAAGACGCGCCCGCAACCUCAAAAACCUGUCGUUGCGAAUGCCUCCGCCCUCCAGUUCGGCCCGCCCUCCAAUCGCGACGGCUUCGAUGGUCGAAACAUCCUCUCAGCAUCAUCUGUCGGCCCCCCCGUCCCCGAUGCACGCUCCGCCCAAAAGCAGUCGGCGGAAACCAGCGAAUUUGACCAUCCGAACGCCUGGCUUCGACCGAUCGUUCUCCAAUAACAUUCCUGAAAUCGUUCCUCCCACCCCGCAUGCGCUACGACACACGGAAUCCUCGCCUUCGUUAACGUCGGUGUUCUCCCCGUCGUUUGGCCCGAAGGGCGGCAUGCAGCUGCCCCGACCCAUGACGCAUCAUGGCAGCCGACGACCGUCGAGAACCUCGGAGGAUAACCUGUCGCCCCUGCAACCUGUUCCGGAUGAGGAAUCUGUAUCGGGCGGUGUAUUGCACGAAUUACAGGAAGAGGAUGAUCAUUUAGAUUCGCGAGAAUCCACUCGGCGCAAUGACCGCGGCUAUCCGAACGGACCAAUUCAAAUUUACGACUCCGGAGUCUACCUCUAUCUCGAGCCGACGGCGCAAGAAGCCUCGCAAUUUGACGUGGUUGUGAAUGUAGCCAAAGAAGUGGCCAACCCCUUCACUAAUACGAGCGCCGACAAUGGCACCGUCGUGAGCACUUUGCGCAAGGCCUCGACCGGCGAGAAGCGCAUGUCGACCGGGGAGCCACGAACCGCUGCUUCCGAAGUGUCGUUCAAGUCCGCCUUCGAGUAUCCUCAGAGCGCAACCGACUCGCCCGCUACGCCCCGCACCGAAUCUGGUCCGGAAUAUCUCCAUGUGGACUGGGAUCACAACUCGGAGAUUCUUGACGACCUCUACCCUCUCUGCGAGUUCAUUGAUGCUCGCAUCGCCGAAGGCAAAAAGGUCCUGGUGCAUUGUCAGCUCGGCGCUAGUCGGUCGGCCUCCCUGGUGAUUGCCUACGGUCUCUACAAGAACCGCCACCUUGACUUUAACUCCAUGUACGAAAUCGUCAAAGGGAGAAGUCAGUGGGUCGGGCCGAAUAUGAGCCUGAUCUAUCAGUUGACGGAUUUCCGCUCGCGGCUUCUUCGAGGGAGUCCCUCCAGACCGGCCCGUGAAGAAUGGUUUGUCCGCGGGCCACGCCGCAGCUCCGAGCCGCAGCCCCCCCGAUCGGCGAGAUUGGGCCACCCGGAGGUUUUUACGCCGGGUUGCUUCAGCGGGGACUCGGACGCUGGACAGUCCUCGUCAAAUGGUCUGUCACAAGCAUCCACGAGCUCCCUCUCCGUCCCUUCCACCAACCAAACCACCCCCACGUCCACCGACAGCCCCCGUUUCUCCAAGCCACUUUCGCACAAGCGGAGUCUAUCGCCGCGGCCACUGCCUCUGCGGCAGUCCACCUUCCACACGCUCGACUCAUCAUUCCGGUCGAUACGACCCAACUUUGGCACCAACCCCUGGCUCCCCGAGGGCGGACCCUAUUCCUUGGCCAAGACCGAUCUCUUCGUGCGCAAAGUGCCCGAAGAACCCUCGGAGCUGUUCUCACCCAGAACCACCGGGUUUAUGGCCGCUCCCUCGGCACCCUCCAUUUCCGAUGUUCUCGAGGAUGACGGGCUUAAUGGUCUCAAGUUCCGGGCCAGGAUAGCGGAUCCUCGGUCCCCUCCGCCCGGGAACGAGCGUCUGAUCAUGAGAAGUAUUGACGAAUUUCUAUAA